AAGAGUUUGUGUGUGUGUGUGUGUAUGCGUCAGCAGCUGGGACAGCCUGCCAGCUUGGCCACUGCUGCUCCUGCCACUCUGCAGAAGGAGAGGGGGGAGAGAGAAAACGCUGGAGGAGAGUGGAGGGAGAAGAGAGUAAGGGGUAUAGAGAGGAAGAGGGAAAGAGAGAGAGAGAGGGAGCCAAGGCCCAAAUAAAGCCAUGGGGGCCGGGGCUGGGCUGGGCCCCCCUUUUCUAUAAAUACGCUGGCCGCCUGGAGGCUCGGGUUUGGUGGUUGGAGCUUGGGACCAUCGACCACCACUGCUGCUGCAGCCCUCCUCAAGGGAGUCUCCUCCACCUACUUAUCAUCCUCAUCCUGGUCAUCAGUGUUCUGGGCAUCCAAGAUGCCUCGAGUAGAUGCAGACCUCAAGCUGGACUUUAAAGAUGUCCUCUUCAGACCCAAGAGGAGCAGCCUCAAGAGUCGCUCAGAGGUGGACCUUCAGAGGACCUUCACAUUCCGCAACUCCAAACAGACCUACACCGGCAUCCCCAUCAUCGCUGCCAACAUGGACACCACAGGAACAUUUGAGAUGGCACAGGUCCUCAGCAAACACACCCUCUUCACAGCCAUUCAUAAACACUACACUGUAGAAGACUGGAAAAACUUUGCUGCUAACCAUCCAGAAUGCUUAGAGCAUGUAGCUGCCAGCUCAGGCAGUGGCAAAGCAGAUCUGGAGAAGCUGUGUGCCAUCUUGGAAGCCAUCCCUGCCCUCAAGUACAUCUGUCUGGAUGUGGCCAACGGCUACUCUGAGUACUUUGUGGAGUUUGUCAAGACGGUCAGAGAAAAGUUCCCCAAACACACCAUCAUGGCCGGUAACGUGGUAACAGGGGAGAUGGUGGAGGAGCUCAUCCUCUCCGGAGCUGACAUCAUCAAAGUGGGCAUCGGACCAGGGUCUGUGUGCACGACAAGGAUCAAGACAGGAGUAGGCUACCCACAACUCAGUGCUGUUAUAGAGUGUGCAGACUCAGCCCACGGACUCAAAGGACACAUUAUCUCUGAUGGUGGCUGCAGUUGCCCAGGAGAUGUAGCGAAGGCCUUUGGUGCCGGAGCUGACUUUGUGAUGAUGGGAGGAAUGCUCGCAGGGCAUGACCAGUGCUCCGGGGAGGUCAUAGAGAAGAACGGCAAAAAGGUCAAACUCUUCUAUGGCAUGAGCUCUGACACAGCCAUGAAGAAGUAUGUGGGUGGAGUUGCUGAGUAUAGGGCGUCUGAGGGGAGGACAGUGGAAGUUCCCUACAAAGGAGAUGUUGAGAACACCAUCCGUGACGUGUUGGGGGGCCUCCGCUCCACCUGCACCUACGUGGGAGCCGCAAAGCUCAAAGAGCUGAGCAGGAGAACCACCUUCAUUCGCGUCACGCAACAGUCCAGUCACAUGUUCGCUUAGUGAAGAGGGGAAGGGGGGUUCACACAUGCACACACACUUACACAGACUGCAUAAUAUGCAUUGUGUAUUGACGGUAAGGGAAGACACACAAACACACACAUACACUUUAACACCAUCACACAAUCUGUUUCUCUCAGGAUAUCUGCUGUCAGAAAGCUGUUAGUUUCCUGCAGAUUGUGAUUAAAAAUAAACUCAAGUUUGACUUGAAACAAACUCCCAAAGGCAUCGCAGCACUCCGGUCAACUUUAUCCUACAGCAAGUGUGUUUACAUGCUACAGACACAUAAUGCAUUCAAUGUAUUAUUCAGAUUUUGAAUGGGCAUGAGUAGAUAUCCUGUUCUACUUAAAUCCCGGAUAAAUCCUACACAAUUUUAGGAAAUGGGAAUGAGAGAGCCAGACUACUGAGGCUUGUGUACCUCAGAUCUGAUCUUUCAGAAUACUCUUAACUUGUGUAUUUCAACACUAACAGCAUAUCAAGAAUGUGAGCUGUAUGAAGCACAUCCCAUGUAAACACACUCAGCGGGAGAAGGCUGAUACUAGUGCUAAGAUCAUUUUGGGUAAACUACUCUGCUGAACUGUUAUUUGGAGUGAAUGUGCAAAUCAAUAUGCAAGAACCAGGGACUUCACCCUUUAAGUGUCACUGGAGAAAUUAUGUUGCAAUAAACUGCAUGCAGGACCCUCUGCUAAUUUACCCAGUGGUGCUGAUCGUUCUGUGAAGGUGUGCCAAUCAUAUUCAAAACAGCAAACAACGAAAUGCGGAUCUUUUCUUAUAUGGUGUGUGUGUUUGUUUUGGGUACGUCAGGAAGAUUCCUGAGCCAAAUGAACAUGACGGCCUCUGGAUUCAUAUAUUACAAACAUUUUAUGUGCUUGAGAGAGACUCGGUUUACCUUUCUGUACAUGUAAAAUUGUCACAUCUGAGUCACUGAUACCAUUGCGCCUGACAUUUCGAAUCAAGGGUGUCUCAAGAUCUGCGGCUUCCACUGCACUGAGGAGCUGCUCUCAGUACUUCAAACACAGAUCUUCAGGGAAACAUUAUGGGUAGCAAUGAUAUAAUUAAACAGUAUUAAAUUAAAACUCUAACCUAAAAUACACGAGAAAAGCUGCACUAAAUGUACACAGUUUCGUUGUAUAUUGCAAUGAAGACAGAAAAUGGAGUCUGGUUCCUCUUUCUGGAUGAGAAAAUGCAUGUUAGUUUUGUUUUUUUUAUUUCAACUUUUUUCAUGUUCAUUGAUCUUAGAAGAAUGCAAGACAAAGUUGCUAUCCAUCCUCUGAGAAAACUAUCUUGGAGUUAACACCAUGUAGUUCCCUGCUGUGCUAUUACAUCAUUUACCUGAGGAUAAUCCCCAAAAAAAGACUCUCCCACGUGUUUGUGACAGCCAGCACCGGCAUCGCUGCCACUUCCUUUGACAGCAAGAGGUGGUGAUGAGCAUCUAACAAGCCACGAGGGAGAACAAGCACAAAUAGAAAAAAAAUAGUUUGAUGGAACUUAGGUCACAUAAAAAAUACAGUAUUUGAGUGUCAUCUCUCCCUUGUCAUUUAGGUGUUGCGCACAAUGUGUUAGAUGUUACCUAAUAUAUAUUUUUGCACAGGUGGUGGGAAGUGUUCUUGAGUAAGAUACUGAAGCACUAGCAGGUCUGGAUGUGCUGCUCCUGCUGACCCUCCACUUUCGCCUCUCCACAGGGCGAACCAUAAGAGGUGUCCCCUACAUGAACCAAUCAACUAUUACAUUAUCUUUGUUUCUCUCUCUUCUCUCUAUCUUUGGGGAUUUCUAAAAAAAAAACACAGAUGUGCUGCUUUCUAGUACUCAAGUCACUGAUAUCAGAUGUAUUUUGUCACGAAAAAUGUAAUAUGCUGUCAGUCUCCCUUUAUCCUUAUUCAGUUUUUCUUUUAAAGAUGUUCGAUCAAGAUUCUUUUAAUUAGCCGUGCUCUCAGCAUGGCAAUGUCGGUCUGUCAGUCCACCACUUUGGUCCAAACUGAAAUAUCUCUACAUGGAUUACCAUGAAAUUUUGUACAGACAUUAACGGGUCCCAGGGGAUAAAUCCUACCAACUAAGGUGAUCCCCUGACUUUUGCUCUAGCACCAACAACUGGUAGAAGUUUUCACUUAUCCUGUUAAAUAUUUCAACAUCUACUUUAUGGAUUGGCACAAAAUUCGGUACAGACAUUCAUGAUCCCCAGAUGAUAACUCAUUUUAAUUUUGGUGAUUAUGUGACAUUUCCUCCGGUGCUUGCAUGCUAAGAGGCUAAAGUAAUAAGGUGAACCGGGUAAAUAUACUGUUAAACUUCAACAUGUUAGCAUUGUCAUGGUGAGCAUGUUUAGCUCAAAGCACUGCUGUGUUUAAGAGCAGCUUCACAGAGCGGCUAGCAUGACUGUAGACUCAUAGGACUUGUUUUAAAAUAUCUACUGAAUCUUUAUCAUAUUCCAAUUCUACCCUUUAAAAUGACAAUAGCUCCUUGCACUGUAUUUGUGUGACAUUCAUGAGUUGAGAGCAGAGCGAAGUUGUCAAAGACGGCUGAAACUCAUGAACUCUCAUGACCUAAGAGAUGUUUUUUUUUUUUUUUUUUUUAACAACUGAGAACUACUGGAGUAAUGGGGAUGUCAUGCAGACGAUCAUACACUAGAGGGAGUUAUUGUCUGCUUAGUUUCUGACUCAUGAUGUCACAACUACUGAGGGAUACAGUUUUGAAAUGCAAUGUUUGUGUUGUCCAAGUUUCUAUAUCACCUAAAAGUGUGGUGUUGUGUCAUUUAAAACAGGUGAAAUACCUUAUAGGAAGUGCUGGCUAGUGUUGCUAUUCAAAUAAAAACACAAGUUGCCCGUU